GAAUCGCAUUCAACGCACCACUCAAAUCAUCUUCAAGAUGUUUUUGUAAAAGACGAAUACCACUUUUUAAACGUCCCUGGAAUUGGAACGUUUACAGUGUACGACACCUUUGACUGCACCUUUGAAUGCCUCAGCAAUCCGUCCUGUUUGUCUCUGAACCUGGCCGUCUCCAAAGGAGACGAUGGAAAAUUUUGGUGCGAAUUGUUGACUUCGAAUAAAGACAUCAACCCAGACGAAUUCAAAGAAAACAAGACUUCUCAUCACUUUGCUUUGAAGGUGCGAACAUAGUUUGAAUUAAGUAAGAUCUAAAUUAUUAAUUAUCCCGUUGUGUCAAGAUGAAAAACCUAAGCUAAUUACGGAUCUCAGAGUUUUAAUAGAAAACUGUAAGCCUUAUUCAGUAAUUAGUAAAAACGUGAAAGCUAAAUUUACCGUUAAUUUCAGUGGAAUAAAGUAAACAGUGACUUAUUUUUGUUUCGCCAGGGGCAGACGAUAGUAUACUAUUUCCAGAAAUUAAGGCAAACGUCAAUAAAGCGCUCAUCUCUUAAAAGAGAUGAGUCUUAGAUUAGACUAGUCUUCUCUGCAUCUUAAGGUGGCUGAACACAGUUUUGCGGGAAGUCAGUGGUAACUCGCGUGACGGUGCGUGUUUUAAAUUAGACAAACAAAUAGGUGGUUUUCACGUUACGUCAUCGCCGCCAUGCUGGUGGACGGUAAACAAAAGAUCGCUCAUUAGCUCGCUUUGUUUGUCCACCAGCAUUUGUUCAUUUCACCAUUGUUAUUUGUGUCUCCCGAGAUUGCAUGAAAACCACCUAUACGGAGGCGAAAAAGUAACCGUACACAGAAGACGAUUUCUCAAAAUCUACUCAUUAACAAUUUGGUAUAUUUGGCAGAAUUUUUCCUUUCAUCGUAUUUUAAAUAAUAAGAACUUUAAAAUGGAAGUUGAACAGACGAAUUUUGUGACACAUUUAAUAAUUACAGUACAAUUAUAUUAUUGAUGAUCUUAAAACCCGUCCGUUAAAAUUUGGUCAAAUAAGUUUCAAAUGGUAAUGAUUAAUAGUAAUAAGCUGUGUGCAAGUUUAUAGGAAAAUCUAAUGAGCAAUUUUGAGGCAAACUGAGCAAAAGUGAAACUUUAGGGUUGUAUUCAAUUGUUCAUGUUGCCAUGGAAACUACGAAAGCGUCAAAUUUUCCCUGUCAAUCAAAACGUUUCAAUAGUAUAGUUUUCAUUUGCCAAGUUUCAGCUUGUGAGCUGCAACCUUUCUCUUAGCAUGAUUUAGCAAAUGAUAUAUAAUCACAAACUGCCAAAACUGUGUUCAGCCACCUUAAGCGUUGCGUGACGAGACAAAAACGGCUGUGAGGGAGACUGUGGGUGAACUGAUCAGAUUUGAGCUGAGAUUGAAGUUCCCACUAGUGGAAAUUGGUGCAAACAAAACUGCAACGUUGCCUGUUUUGUCUCCUCCAGGGUAGGAACCGGCUGACAUCCUGUGUCGAAUAUGGACAGCAAGGUUUCUACAAAGAUGGCAUUUAUAAGAUCUAUGAUAACGACGGAAACAGUUUCCCAAGCUACUGUGAUCUAAAAUCCGAGCCCGGUAUUGCAUGGACACUGGUCAUGUCGUGGAGUAAAAAGAAUCGUUUUAUUUCUGCUUUUCGCAGUACCCCAUUUCAAUUCAAUGCCCCGGAAAACGAGAACUCCCCGAACUGGGAUCGUUACCGCUUAAGUCUGGAGCGAAUGAGAUCACUGCAGGUCCACUCCACCCACUGGCGAGCAACAUGCAGCUAUCCGACUCAUGGCAUCGAUUUCACAGACUACCUCCGCGGCAACUUCAAAGACUUCAACAUCGUCGAUUUCCUUGGUAAUGGCGAGUGUAAGAAGGUAGAAUAUGUGGAUAUCCGGGGGCUCAAUGGCACGAACCUUACAGCACCGUUUUGGGCGAACUUCGGGGUGGGUUUGCAUACUGACAGCUCUAUCGAUUUCUGCGAGCUAAAUGCAACUGUUGGAGCGGUAUCGAGUGAAGACAACUUUGGCUCCUAUAACGGCAUUAAUCCCAAGUUCCGCUGCACACAGGAAGACAGCUCUACUACUCAGUGGUGGUUUGGAGCUCAAUUUAAAAAAUAG